UUACCAAAAGAAAGAAGAAAGUGUCUGUGUGUGUGUAAAUCACUUUGCCUUUCCCUCCCUUCGACUUUCCUCUUUCCCAUUUCACUUUCCUCUUCUCUCAAAAAUUUCUCGAUCGCUCAGGAUGGAUCUACCAUUUUCCGCUGCUUCUUGAUCUCUUCUUUUAGGGGAUCACUUGGUCUGAUUUUUUCCUGUUGUUUAUCAUUUGGAAUAUAUCUAGGAGCUCCACUUCACAGCUUGGAGAUUGGACUUGUUUUGAAUUGGCUCUUUCAUGAUGGAAGACACCAGGUCAGUUGCUUCCCUCAUGGACUCCACAUCAUCCAAGAUCCAGCAGCUUCAAAAGGCCUUUGCCGAACUCGAAAGCCAGCGCGCCGUAACACUCAACCUCAGAUGGAACGAACUCGAGGAGCAUUUCCACGGUCUCGAGAGGUCCCUGAAGAGACGGUUCCACGAGCUCGAGGACCAAGAGAAAGAGUACGAAACCAAAACAAGGAAAGCUCAAGAGCUACUAGAGAAAAAGAAAGCAGCUGUAGAGGCCAAGGAGAAGGCGUCGCUCGAAAGGCUUCAGAAGAAGAGAGACGGAGCUGUGUUUGCUAUCAACACUGCUUUAGAUAAGUACAACAACAACAACGCUCCCAACAUCAGUGCAAAAGCCUUUGCUGCUGAGGAUGAGAAUCUUGAUGGUACUGUGCAAGAUGUGGAGAUCUCACCUGUGAAGGCUUAUCCGGAGUUAGUGAAACUCUGUAGGGAUAUGGACUCAGCAGGGCUUCAUAAGUUUGUAUCAGACAAUCGUAAGAACCUUGCAUUAUUGAAGGAGGAGAUUCCUGUGGCGUUAAAGUAUGCAGCAAACCCUGGCACUUUAGUGUUGGACUCUUUGGAAGGGUUUUAUCCCACAACCACUGAUGGGAAGAAAGACGCUAACCUCUUGGGAACGCGGAGGACAUGUAUCAUGGUGAUGGAGUGCCUCAGCGUGCUGUUGUCUGGUCUAGACAGCAACUCUCUUGUUGCUGUUCUCUCGGAAAGUGUUAAGGAUAGAGCAAAAGGUGUUGCAGAAGGAUGGAGUCCACUUCUGGAAACUAUUGACAUGGAUGCUGGCAAUGGUAACUCUUUGGAGGCUCAUGCUUUCUUGCAACUACUGGCUACUUUUGGUAUUGUUUCGGAUUUUAAAGAGGAUGGAAUCUUGAAGCUGAUCCCUAUGGUCUCACGUCGUCGUCAGGCAGCUGAGCUUUGCCGGUCUCUUGGAUUGUCUGAAAAAAUGCCUGGUGUGAUUGAAGUUCUGGUGAACAGUGGAAAACAGAUUGAUGCUGUGAACUUGGCGUUUGCGUUUGGACUCACAGAAAAGUUCCCACCUGUUGAGUUACUUAAAUGUUACUUGACUGAGGCAACUAGAUCUUCCUCCCAAGGCAAUGCAUCUCCGGCUGUUCAGGAUGAGUUCAGUGAGCGGGAGCUUACAGGUCUUAAAGCCGUGAUAAAGUGUGUGGAAGAGCAUAACCUGGAAGAGCAGUACCCAGUGGAGCCACUACACAAACGGAUUCUCCAGCUGGAGAAGGCCAAAGCAGAGAAAAAGAGAGCAACAGAACCCACAAAGCCUCAGACAAAGCGACCACGUGGUCCUCAACCCCGAGUCACUGAGAAUAACAACAAGACAGGAUAUGGUAGAGUCAUCCCUGAGAGGUAUCCGCAGUAUGUGUAUGACAACAGACCGUUCCUUAAUGGUCCAAUCAUGGCAGCACAAGCUCCUCCUCCUCAGACUUACACUUUCAGUCCAGCUCCUGCUCACGGUAACUUCUACGGGAACUGCUAUCAGUACCAGGCUCCUCCUUACUUUCACUAGUGAUAAUGGUGAAUGUGAGACUGUGACUAUUUCUCUCCUAUGGUGUUAACUAGUGGCAGCUCCCCCUCCUCUCCUACUAGUCGUUUUCCUUUUGAUGUUAUUGUUGUGUAUGGAUGAUUUUAGUAUUUUUUAAGGAUCAACCUACCCAAAGCAAAAAAUACUCAGAAUUUUAUUUUAAUUAUAUAUUUACUGUUGUAUUGUUUUCUUU